AUGAAAAAUUUGACUAUAUUAUCUCAAAAAAUUACAACAAUAGAAACAAUAGAAUCUUCAAAGGUUCAAGCAAGAAAAAUUUGGCAAACAUUAGAUCCCGAGACAGGUGACCUUUACUUUUUACGAUAUUCUGAAUUGUCGGAACAAAUUGAAGUUGUUAAAUGUCAUUCAAUAGAGACAUCUUUUCCUGAAGUUGAAGUUAUAGCAUCUAUUACCAAUGAACAUGACAUUAGUAUUCUUGGUUUGAAUGAUAUUAUUUGUGGAAUAAAAUAUUUGAUGGAUAUUCAAGCAAUAUGUAUAGCAUUCAGUAACGGGGAUAUAAUUCUUGUGCAUCUUGAUAAUUCUCUUAGAUCUGGUGAUCUGAUUGAAGUUGUUGGAUCAGUAGAAUCUAAUAUCAAAUGUAUGGAAUGGAGUCCUGAUGAAGAAAUAAUUAUUCUAGUUACUGGAAUGAAUACAAUUCUGGAAAUGACCAAAGAUUUCGACGUUAUUACUGAGUAUCCAAUUAAUGUGGAUGAAGCUGGAGAAGCUGCAGGGAUUAGUCUUGGUUGGGGAAGAAAGGAGACGCAAUUUCAUGGGUCUGAAGGGAAAUCCAGUGCUCAGAAAAAAGUAGAUACGUCUGGGUUUACACUAUCAGAUUAUGAUGACGAUCUGAAACCAAGAGUAUCAUGGUGUGGUGAUGGAAACAUGUUUUGUUGUUCAAUAAUUGAUCAAAAUAAAGUUUAUAAUAGAGAAGGAAUCUUACAAAAUACAAGCGAGCCUGUUGAUAAAUUAGAACAUACUUUAGCAUGGAGGCCAAUAGGCAAUUUGAUUGCUUCAAGUCAAAGAUUCUCAAAUAAACAUAAUAUAAUAUUUUUUGAAAAAAAUGGUUUAAGACAUGGAGAAUUUUCAUUACGUGAGAAAUCUAAUCAUAAGCAAGAAAUAUUAUGUUCACCAGAAGAGCAUAUAACUGGUUUUUUCUGGGAUCCAGAGAUUGCAUUAAGAUUUCAUUUUGCAACUCAAAAAAAUUACCAUAGAAUUGAUUUUGUUUGGGACAUUUUCUAUUCUAACUUUAUAUCUGAAAAAAAUAUGUCGCCAAUUGCAGUUAUUGAUGGAGCGACCAUUAAGCUUACACCUUUUAAGAUAAUGAAUGUACCACCUCCAAUGUCUGCAUUCUCAGUUGAACUUACUAAUAAUGCAACAUUUAUUUCAUUUUUAUCAAGUAAUGAUGGCAGCAAUGAUUUUCUAGUACUUCAAGCCGAUCAAAACAUUAGUAUUAAUUUUUAUGAAUGGUCUGGAGCUUUAGAAACCCCCUUAAAACCGCCAACUUUAUUGGGUACAAUAAGUAUUCCAGAUAUAAAUAAUGGAGCAUUGCUAAGACAAGUUACUUGGGUCAAUAAAAAUGUUUUAUUAUGUUUACGAUACAAUCAAGAGACUGGGAAUGAUGAUUUAAUAAAAAUCAUUGUGAAAUUUGAUAAUGAAGAAGAAGAGAAUAAACAAUUUAUUGUUUCAUCAUACAAAUCUUAUUCACUUUCAUAUCGUGUUAUUCGUUUAUAUUCAAAUAGCAACUAUGAAAAUAUUUUCAUAGAAUCUUGCGAUGCCUCGGUUUAUCAAGUGGUUUGCAAUUGGAUAUGUUCAACCAAGAUUGGGGCUGAAAAAAGAGACGAGGUAGUAUUGAUAGGAUUGAGUGGAAGUAAUAAAUUAUGCGUAAAUAACGAAAUAAUUGAAGCAUAUUGCACUUCAUUUUUUAUACAUAAUGAUUUCCUAAUAUUUACAAAUUCAAAUCAUAUUGUUCGAUUUUUGCCUCUUCAAAUGAAUCUAUCUGAUUUUAAAAAUUCUGCUAAAGAAUUUCAUGAAUAUAAUCAUGAUAUGAGAAGAAUAGAAAGAGGAUCCAAGAUUAUAUGUGCAGUUUAUUUCGACGUGAAUUUAAUUUUACAGAUGCCUAGAGGAAAUCUUGAAACAAUUCAUCCACGAGCUCUUGUUUUGUCAUCUGUAAAAGAAUUUUUAAAUCGAUUCGAUUAUCUGUCAGCUUUUAUAGCCUGUAGAAAGCAUCGAAUAGAUUUGAAUAUUUUGUAUGAUCAUGCACCCAAUUUAUUCUUGAAAAAUGUCCAGUCUUUUGUUACACAGAUAGCAAAUGUUGAUUUUUUAAAUUUAUUUUUGUCAAAUUUAAGAAAUGAAGAUGUAAUUCAAACUAUGUACAGAACAAUAACAAAUAACUCAAAUAUAAAUGAUGAAUUAGAAUCCAACAGUGCUCAACAAAACAUGACAUCAAAAGUUAAUAAUAUAUGUGAUGCUGUGAGAGCAGUAUUGGAAACUUUAGAUUCAAAGAAAUAUCUUCAAUCAAUCAUAACAACAUAUGUACGUCAUACACCACCUGAUUUGGAACCUGCAUUAAAUUUAAUUGCAAAAAUAAAAGAUCAAGAUAUGAAUCUUUCUGAGGAGGCAAUUAAAUUUACAAUAUUUUUGAUUGAUGCGGAUCGUUUAUUUGAUGUUGCAUUGGGGAUGUAUGAUUUUAAUCUCGUUAUCAUGGUUGCUCAACAUUCUCAAAGGGAUCCAAGGGAAUAUUUAACUUUUUUAGCAGAAUUGGAAAAGUACCCAAAAUAUUAUCAAAGAUUUAAAAUUGAUCAUCAUUUAAAAAGAUACGAAAAGGCUUUGGAUAAUUUAAGAGAUGAAUAUUUUGAUGAACUUUUAAAGUAUACUCAACAAUACAAUCUUUAUAAUUUUGCCGUUAAAUUAUUUUCAAAUAAUAAUGAUAAUAAGGAAAAAUACAAGAGAGUUAUGAGGAUUUACGGAGAAUAUUUAUUUAAUGAAUCAGAUUUUAAAGAAGCAGGUUUAGUUAAUGCGCUUGAAGCAUAUAAAAAAUGUGGAUUUUGGCGUGAAUCAUUUUCUAUUGCAUACGAGUUAAAAUAUUCAGAGAAUGAAUUAUUUUCAUUGGCCAAAGAAUUUUCAGAAAUUUUAUCGGAAAAAAGAAGAUAUCAAGAAGCAGCACAGAUUUUAUUAGAUUAUGCAAAGCAAACUGAAGAAGCAAUAUUAUUAUUUAAUAAAGGUCAUCAUUGGUCGGAGGCUAUGCGUAUCUCACAUAUGUAUAAUCGUAUAGAUCUUAUUGAAACUGAUAUAAAACCAAGUGUGAUCGAAGGGUUUAAUAAUUUAUUACAAGAUGUUAAUUCUAUGCUAGAUCAAUUGAAUCAUCAGACUGCUCGAUUAAAAGAAAUAAGAAUAACCAAACUUAAUCAAUCAGUGGAUCAAUUCUACGGUGAAGAAGUUUUAGAAGUUUCAGAUAAUGUUGAUGUGUUAUCUGAUACAAGUUCAAUGGUGAGUGGAUUUUCUCGAUAUACACAAUCAAUAACACAAUUAAGCGUUAAUACUAAUAAAAGCGGAAAAAGCGCAAAAAGUAGACGUAGAGCUGAAAGAAAACGUGCUAGAGGUAAAAAAGGAAGUAUAUAUGAAGAAGAAUAUCUUAUUGAUUCUUUGAAAAGAUUAAUUGAAAGGUUUAACAAUACCCAAGAGAUUCACCGAGCAUUUUCUUUGUUGGUACCAAUGGAAAAACAUCCUCCUUUUCCUCCUCGUCAGAAUGAACAACAUUUCUCUAAUCAUCUUUUCAUACUGCUUAUUGCUUCUAGAAUUCCAUGUUGGACAGAAAAUAACCAACCCAAUCAAAUGAGUAUUUAG